AUGGCUUCUGCAUCUACAUCCACUACACCGGCCCCUGAGGCUGGCAAAAAACAGCCGGUUGUGGUCAUUGCCAUUGGCAUGGCUGGUGCAGGAAAAUCAACCUUCGUGAAUGCGCUUACAAAUCAUUUGCACGCACAAGAGCCACCCGCGCCGCCGUACUUGCUGAAUCUCGAUCCUGCUGUCGCAAACACCCCAUACGAGCCGAAUAUCGAUAUCAGAGAUACCGUGGACUACCAUGAAGUCAUGAAGCAAUAUAAUCUGGGCCCGAACGGCGGUAUCCUCACCGCGCUCAACCUGUUCACAACCAAGCUUGAUCAAGUGCUCGAGUUGGUGGAAAAGAGAGCGGAGGAGGUCGACUAUGUUGUGCUAGAUACACCCGGACAAAUCGAAAUCUUCACAUGGUCGGCCUCAGGUGCGAUCAUCACCGACGCCGUAGCUGCUGCACUCCCGACGGUGGUCGCAUACGUGGUUGAUACGCCACGCUCCGCCGCACCCGCGACAUUCAUGUCGAAUAUGCUCUACGCCUGCAGCAUCCUAUACAAAACGAAGCUCCCGUUCAUCGUGGUAUUCAACAAAACGGACGUCACGCCGCACGAGUUCGCGCUCGAGUGGAUGCAUGAUUGGGAAGCGUUCCAGGCGGCACUCGCGAACCAUAGUGGUACUACUGAUGCAGAGGGCGAACCGACUUACAUGAACAAUCUAAUGAACAGCAUGAGUCUCGUCCUCGAUGAGUUUUACAAGCACCUGAAGGCUGUCGGCGUGUCUAGCGUGACGGGCGCCGGCAUGGACGACUUCCUUCAAGCCGUAGAGGCGUCUAGAGAAGAAUAUGAGAAAGAAUACGUUCCUGAGCUCGCUCGCGCUCGAGCACAACGUGAAGCGACGCUUCAGAAGAAGAAGGACGAAAGCAUGAACCGGCUGAUGUCCGACCUUGCCGUAGACCGCAAAGCGAAUCCGCGAGCUGCUGCACUUGACCGGUGGGAUCCCAAUGCCGAGGAUGAUGAGGAUGAUGGUGGAGAUAUGAAUAUCAUUGACAAGACUGAGGAAAUGGACCCUUGGCCUGGCCAGUACAUCGACUUAACCCGCGAACGGCGUGGGGGUGGGGAUGACCCGACCUCAUGGCCCAGGCCGGCGUAG